CUGAGAGUGUAUAUAUAAAAAAUAAUAAACAAAUUUAGUCCUAUAUACGCUCACUGGCUAUGCCAACGCCGGUUAGCUCUGCCCGGCAAUGCUUAACCGACGAGGCAGCGCGUGCUCUCGACGCCGCCGUCUCCGUCGCCCGCCGCCGCAGCCACGCUCAAACCACCUCCCUCCACGCCGUCUCCGCCCUACUCUCUCCUCCCUCCUCCACUCUCCGCGACGCAUGCUCACGGGCUCCCAGCUCUGUCUACUCGCCACGCCUUCAAUUCCGAGCCCUCGAGCUCUCCGUCGGUGUGUCUCUGGAUCGUAUUCCGACUUCCAAGGCCGACGACGAUGAUCCUCCUGUGGCGAACUCUCUCAUGGCGGCGAUCAAACGGUCACAAGCCAAUCAGAGAAGACACCCCUACACGUUCCACCUGUACCAGCAGGUACAGAAUCAAAGCCAAUCGUCGGUUUCGUGUGUCAAGGUUGAGAUGAAGCAUUUCAUAUUAUCGAUUCUCGACGACCCGAUUGUCAGCCGGGUUUUCGGAGAAUCGGGUUUUCGGAGCUCCGACAUCAAGCUCGCCAUUCUUCGGCCUCCGCCCCUUUCGCGAUCUCGUUGCCCUCCUCUGUUUCUUCGUAACUUGACCGAUUCUGAUUCGGAUUCGAAUCUGAAUCGCCGUGGUUUCAAUUUCCCUUUUAUGGGUUUUUCUGGGUUUGAAAAUGGAGACGGAAAUUGUAGAAGAAUCGGAGAGGUUUUGGCGAACAAAAAGGGGAAAAAGAACCCAUUAUUGAUCGGAGUUUUUGCGAAUGAUGCGCUUGGUAGUUUCACAGAGUGUGUACAAAGAGGGAAAAUUGGUGUAUUACCAAGUGAAAUUGAUGGGUUGAGUGUAAUUUGUGUUGAGAAGGAGAUUUAUGAGUUUCUUGCUAAAGGUGGGAGUGAGGAAAUCAUGGGUUUGAAGUUUAAAGAAGUGUGUGAUUCAAUGGAGCAUUGUUCUCAGCCUGGUAUUGUGAUUAAUAUUGGAGAAUUGAAGGUGUUGAUUGCCGAUGGCAAUUCGGUUGAUACUGUGAACUAUGUGGUUUCACAAUUGAGUGGUUUGUUGGAGGCUCAUGGUGAGAAAUUAUGGUUGAUUGGCGAAGUGGAGAGUUAUGAGACAUACAUGAAGAUUUUAGCUCAGUUUCCUUCCAUAGAGAAAGAUUGGGAUUUGCAUCUGUUACCCAUCACUAGUUCAAAACCUUCAAGUGGAGGAUUAUAUUCAAAACCCAGCUUGAUGGGGUCAUUUGUUCCACUUGGCGGUUUCUUUUCUACACCAUCCGAGUUCAAGAAUCUAGUAAGUAGCACAAAUCAGCCCACACGUUGUGACCUCUGCAAUGAGAAGUAUGAGCAAGAAGCUUCAGUUAUAUUGAAGGGAGGAUCGACCACUUCAGUUGCCGAUCAGUACUCGGCAAGUUUGUCUUCUUGGUUGCAAAUGACUGAAUGUGAUGCAAACAAGAGAGUGGAUGUUAUAGAGGCCAAAGAUGAUGAAACUGUAUUGAAUGCAAAACUUACGGGUCUACAGAGGAAAUGGAAUGAUAUCUGCCAGCGUCUUCAUCCCACAAGGCCAUUCCAUCCUGAUAUUUCGCAGUCCAGGUUUCAAAGUCAACAUGUAGAGGGUUUUCAUUUUCUUGCAGAUAGGAAGGAAAGUAGCAGUAAGAAUUCAUCGUCAAAUGAAACUGAGUCGUCCAAUCUAAUUUCUUCCACUCUAAUAGACUUACGAAAGGUUUCUCCCCUGAAACAAAAAACAGUAUCCCCAGUGGCUUCUGAAGUUGAAAAUGCAGAUUUCCAACCCACGAUACUCAUAGAAGCUUCAAAGAGUCACCAGCCCAAUCGCACAUCACCAUCUUCAGCUACUUCUUUGACCACAGAUUUGGGAUUAGGAACACUUUAUGCAGUUUCUAGUCAAGAGCCCGGAAAACUUAAAUUUGAGCAUCACAAGAGUCGUCUUCACUACUCAGGUUCCACUACUGCUGAGUUUCAUGGAGUCAGUGAGAACGCUUCAAAUCAUAUUGCUUCGCCUUCGUCGUGCUCUGGUCCUGAGUUGGGAAGGCAAGUGAAUCCAAAAGAUUUCAAGUCCCUUUGGAGAGCACUAACUGAAAAGGUUGGCAGGCAAAGUGAAGCCAUUUGUACUAUUAGUCAAACUAUAUCCCGUUGCAGGACCGGACAUGGAAGACUUUGUGGCUCAAAUCACAAAGGAGACAUUUGGCUCAGCUUUGUUGGACAUGACAAGGUGGGAAAGAAGAGAAUCGCUGCAGCACUUGCUGAGAUAAUGUUUGGCCGCAGGGAAAGUUUAAUCUCUGUGGAUCUAAGCUCUGUAGAUGGAAUGAGCUGUUCAAACUCCAUCUUCGACUGCCAAGAUUUAAAUAGUUAUGAUGUAAAGUUUAGGGGAAAGACAGUCAUUGAUUAUAUUGCUGAGGAGCUGAGUAGGAAACCUCGUUCAGUUGUGCUUCUUGAAAAUGUAGAUAAGGCUGAUUUACCGGCUCAAGAUAGCUUGUCUCGGGCUAUUAGAACUGGUAAAUUUCCUGAUUCACGUGGGAGAGAAAUCAGCAUCAACAAUGCCAUCUUUGUGAUUACUUCAAAUACCACAAAGGUUAAUAGAGAAAACAUUUCUGAGAAAGAACAUGUUGAAUUUUCUGAGGAAAGAGUAUUGGGAGCCAAAGGCUGGCAAAUGCAAAUUUUAGUUGGAUGUGUUGAUGAUGCCACUAGAACCAAUGGGAUGAGCGUAUCGGUUAUGUCAAGGAAAGAAAACUCAAAACCAAUAUCCAGGAACAAAAGGAAGCUACUUGACAUGAAUGACUCCUUGGAAAUGCCUAAACAUGCACACAAAGCAUCAAAAUUGUCCCUGGAUUUGAAUCUGCCUGUGGAGGAGUCUGAAGAGAAUAAUUAUGGAAACUGUGAUGGUGAUUCCAACUUGGAAAACCUGGAAGUUUGGUUGGAAGAUUUAUUCGGUCAAGUGGAUGAGACAGUGGUCUUCGAGCCCUUGGACUUUAAUGCACUUGCAGAUAAAGUGCUGAUGGAAAUAGAUCGAAGCUUCAAGAAGACAGUAGGGUCUGAGGCUUUGUUGGAGAUUGAUGAAGAAGCCAUGGUCGGAAUACUUGCAGCUGGUUGGUUAUCGGACAAUAAGAGAGCAGUUGAGGACUGGAUUGAGCAGGUUCUCAGCAGGAGCUUUGCAGAAGCUCAGCAGAGGUACUGCCUCACUACUCAGUCUAUUUUGAAAUUAGUUGCUUGUGAAGGCCUUUUUGUGGAAGAGCAAGCUCCUGGAGUUUGCCUUCCAGCAAGAAUUACUCUGAACUGAUUUUGUAAUAUAUAUUCUUUUUCUUUUUCGUUUUUGUUUUUUUGUAUUGGUAAAAUAUGCUUGUAAUUACCAUGUGUAAAGUUGUAGCACCCAAAAAACCUUAGAAAAUUUUUGUGUUGUAUAAACUGCAGUUGUAUAAUGCAUGUGUAAGCCUGUUGUGUCCCUCUUUUUUCUUGCCA